UACAUAUAUAGUACUCCCUCAAACCACAUACAGAGAAAGUGAGAAAUAAAGAGAGAAAAUGUGUUUGAUAAUAUAUGGUUGUGAUGCAGAAGAAAAAGAGCUAGGAAGACAAGCUGCAUCUGGAGCUUGCCCUUCUUGUGGUGGCAAAGUUCAGGCUGUUGAUGUUGAGAGUCGUUGGAGGCUUUGUUUCCUUCCCCUUUGCUUCAUCAUCAAGAGAAAAUUUCAAUGUACUCUUUGUUCUAGACGUUUAGUCUUGUAUUCUUCCUGAACGUUUUUCUUAAGCCGACCUAACGGAAACAACCUCUUUACGUCACAGAACAUAGGACCAAGGUCUGCAUACACUUCAUUGUCCCCAAACGUCACUUGUGAAAUCGCAUUGGGCAUGCCAUUGUUGUUGUAUUUUCUCUUUUCCCAAUUACACGAGGACGAGUUCUCUACUUUUUUCUCUUCCAAUUAAUUCCUUCUUUUAUUUUUUUUUAUUUUUUAUCGGUGAUGUUCGAGUCAAUUUGUAUUUCGACUGUUUUUUCUUGUACUUGUUACCUUCCAUUGGUACAAUUACACCACAACCUUUUUUCUUCUUACUGAGAUUUGGAUCGUGAUCUGCCAUGGUGUUCACUCAUUUUAUUGACCGUCAAGUCAGACCUUUAGUGCAAUUCCGGUUUUCUUUUUGAUUAUUAAGUAUGUUUUUGUAAAUAGAGAGAGAUGUGCCUCUCUUUUUUUGUUCUUUGCAAGUCUCACUGUAAUUUCAAGAUGUAUGGUCAAGUACUAUUCUUUAAUUUUCCGUAUAGAGUGAGAGAUUGAUUUCCGCUACAUUUUGAUUUAUGUAUUAUCAAUUUUAAUAUCACAAUAUUCUGUAACA